AUGGCAGACAUCGCACAUACUGAAGUUCUGUCUCAGUUCCAACAACUCAUAGGGGACAAGGACGAUCUGACGGCUCAGCUUGCAAUCAUCCGCAUAAGCGAGCCUAUUUUCUCAGAAGCGGAAUCUGAAAAUGCAAACCGCACGCCGCUGAAACGUGGUUCAGAUGCUUCUACACUGAGUAAUCCGACACCCGCGUCUCUCGAAACUGACCUGGCGCAUUACAAGGAGCUGUUUUCAAAGCUACGCUUUUCCUACGUCGAACAAGUAACGAAAGAGAAAUUUCUACGCGCCAUUGUCGGUGAUCCGCCGCUUGUGGUCGGACAUAAUGAAAACGUUGAAUUAGAAACACAAUUGGCAGAGGUGAAAGCGGAGCUCCGUUCCCGUAAAGAGGAGGUGCGGGUUAUGCUUGAGGAAAUGGAUAAGACGAGUCGCGAUCUCGCGAAGCGUUACAAAAACGUUCAGCUGCAGAUGACGCAGCUCUCCACACUCCCCGAGUCGAUUGCGAACCUCGACUCAACAAUUGCUUCCUUGCGCGCAAAGCAGGUGGCAAACAUGGACACAUCCAGUUCUAGCAAUCUUUCAUCUUCGCAGAAUCUCACUCUCCCCGCGACUUUGUCUCUGUUGUCCGAGCGAGAGGCCGAGCUUGCUGCACUAAACCGUCAGCUAGCUACACUGCAGAACAGCCUCCCUCGGAAGACAAGAGAAGCCGAGGCCAUGGAGCGAGAACUACAUGCUCUAGAAAGGAGGAAGGUUGAGGCAACAGCGCAGGCACGCGAGGCCCAGAGAAAGAAACAGGAGGGCGAGAGUGAUGGUCUCGAGGAGACAGGGCGAUGGUACCGAAGUGCGGAAGAAACGCUGAAAAAGCUGACCGAGGUAAAAGGAUGA